AUGUCUUAAGAUCAAGGUUAUGAUCAAGGAUUAUCAGGUUAGUCCUCGCAAUCCCCUUCUCAUUAGCAGACCUAGAAAAGAAUGAAUUAAUUUUCCCUUGAUUUUUUUAUUGAAAAGAGAUUUAUCACUUAGGAGGAUUUGAAACCAAUUUUGGAUGAUGUUAGAGUAAUCAUUCAACCAUAAUAAUAUAGUGUUAAUAUAAUGUUGAAUCCAUCAACUUGAAUCCAUAGAAUUAAAUUCCAGCUUUGGAAGGAACAGCAUUUUCUAUAAUUGAUCAUGAUGAAAAUAAAUUAAAUGCAAGAUGCGAUGCAGUCAAUAAAAUCUUUUCAUUAAUAGAACAAAGAAGUAAACAAAUCCUAGAAAUAAUUAUGUUGAUUCCCGAAGGUAAAAUCAAUUAAUAACCUAGGGACUGUCUCAUAUGUAAUUGGAACCCAAGGAAAAUAAAUUGAGAACAUUAAAUUAGAGACCAAAGCCCAUCUUGUGAUUAAUUAACCAAUCUAUGAGUUCAAAUUAAGAACAGUCACAAUUAUUGGUAAAUGCUAUUUCAAUAUCAUAGGCGAGUCUUCUCGCAUCUAUAAUGCAAUUAAAUUGAUCAUAAAACAAUUACAGGAAAGAGGAAUUUCAAAUGAAGAUUAUGCUAAAAAGGCAGAACCUCUAGAUCCAAGAAGAGUCAUGACAAAAGUAUUUUGAAUUAAUAUUAGAGGCCAAAUUUGCUUUUUUGAAUGUGAUAAUAGAAUAUAUAUUAAAAAAUAGAGAAAUAGAGAAAAAGUAUUCUGUGAGAUUAAAGGGCAAAUCUAUUAAUGAUAUAAAAAUAAAGGUAUUGAUCAAAAAAGAUAAUUAGAAAAACAAAUUGAAAAAGGAUGAAGGAAUAUUAUAAAUUGAUGGGACAUUAUUUAAUGUUUAAGAGGCAAUUUAAAAUAUAAUAAAGAAAGUGACUCAGCAAUUCAAGAAGAACGAAUUCGAUAUAAGAAUAGUAAUGCCUGCUAAUUUUGCAUCGAAAUUAAUUGGAGCGAGUAAAGAAUCUAUUUAUAAUACAUAAUAGAGGGAUGUUAGAUUAAGGAAUUAGCCAAUAAGGCUAGAGGAGCAUAAAUUAAGGUGCUGUCAGAUAAGGAUGACACUGAUGUUGGCUAAGGUUAGAAUCCUAAGGAAUUUUAGAUUGUUUGGUAUAAGUGACAGGAUCAAUGGAAAAUAAAUAGGAAGCAACAAUCUUGAUUUUGGAAUAAAUUGAAUGUUUCAAGAAUGGAGGACCUGUAUAUAAAUAAUUAAUAAGAUCCUUGAAAGCGGAAAGUACAUCAAUGAAAACUUCGCACAAUAAUACAAAAACUCAGUGCAGGUCUAAGACAUGAAGCAAAGAAGGUUAGUGUGGAAGCAUUAAUUAGGUAGACAAUAGUCAUCUUCCUCGCGUUCAGAUAGAAGACAGAGAUCAAGAUCAUCGAAUAAAAGAUAGAAACAUAUCAGAAGAUCUAGGUCUUCAAGGUACUUAUAGAUUAUAAUGAAGUUCCCAUAAACACAAGCCCAGAUAGUAAGUCCUCAAGACAAAAAUAGUUGUCAAGCAAUCUCUAAUUGAUAUGAUGCAUAAAUAAUUAAUUAGACUUUGUUAAGAUUGUAAUGUGAAGGUAUAGACUCUUCCUUCUGUAUUUUAUAUAUUUGAUAAAUAGGAAAUAGGACAAGAGACUAUUGUUAAGAUAAGUGGAGAUGUUAGAGGCUGUAUAGCUGUGAUCUAAUACAUAUUAAGUGAGUAAUGUAAAUUGUCCAAAAGAUGA